CAAGCUUUUUCCGUUACCGGGGAAAUUGUGCGGCCACUGCGCGAGAAUUAGAUGGAAACCGGAGGCGGGGAGCCGGCAAAGCCCCUUGUACAAGCUUUGGCCGAUUUAUUAGAGUAGUAUUUUUCACUGAGAGUUGCACAGGAUGGUGGGCAACAGUCGCCAGGAACAGCUCCGUCCAGGAAUGAGAAAUUGAUGCGAAAAUAAUACAGGAUGUAUCACUUUGGAUAUUGGGGUGCUUGGCGCGGGCUGGUUCGAGUCGCUGUUUCCUCCGGUACAUCUUCACUCCUGGCUCUGUGUCUCAGUGCAUCACCACCCGCCUGCAAACCGUAACACGCUGUUAAAAGAAGUACUUUCUCUUGUCUGGAAAGGAAUUACAUUGUGUGAUCUUUGAACAUAUCGAUUUGGAUGUUAAAUAUUGCGAAGACUGUCUUUCUCUUUAGGAAAACGAAAUGUGAAAUCCUACUGAGUUUGGACUGGAAUGAAUUAUCAUAAUAUAAGCACCUGGAAAUUGUUUCUUUCAAAUUUUUAAAUAGUGUCUUUUUGAAGUUUUGGUCGGGAUUUUCUGGAUGUAUGUAUGUGUGUGUGUUUGAGAGAGAGGCGUGUUUCGAUUAAUUAGUACAUGGUCAUUGGGCUUUCGUUACGAAGUUGGUUUAACUAUGACGGUGAUGUGACUGCAAUUUGAUGGGAGUGAGAAGAGGAAUAAACGAACUGUGUUGGGUCUCAGCAUCUCGACAACUGGAGAAAAUUAGUGUCAAUAAAAAAAACUAACUCCGCACUCCGAGGGGGAAAGAUGCCAGUGAAUAAACGAGACACCCAACGAGCUUUACUGCUUCUUGAGGACUACUGCUCAAAACUGAAGAAACCAGAGGAAAAACAACUGAAGAUUGCAGUUGAAAAAGUUAUAAAUAUCUUUAGAAGUGGCUUAUUUCAAGCACUACUAGAUAUCCAAGAAUUCUAUGAGGUAACAUUACUCAAUGCUCACACCAGUUUUGAACAGAAGACUGCUGAAGUUAAUCAAGUUGUAGAACAAUGGAAAGAAACAAAUUCACCUUUGGCAAAUACCCAAGAGAAAACUUCAGAGCCAGUUGGGACAGAACAAGACACAAUACUGGCAAGAGGGGAGGAAGAAACUGAUGAACCAGAAGGAGAACCGCCAUCAAAAUUGCAAGAACAAUGGGAACAUUUUGAAAAAUAUCAUUAUGAAGAUGAGGAUUCAUUGCCAAAUGAUUUUAGCUUACCACGUCUAACCAAUGAUGUCAAAGGUCCCGAGCUUGUUCAUGUUUCUGAGAAGAAUUUAUCGCAGAUUGAAAACAUCCUUGGAUAUGUAUCACAUUCUCAUAUUUCUCCAUUAAAGGUUAAUCCUUGUGAUGUACAAGCCCAGCUGCUUGACUUGACUGACAUGGAAGAACAGCAAUAUGAUCAGGAGUUUGAAGAUGCUGUGAACUUUAAAGAAGGCACAGAAUCCCAUCAGGCAAGCCCCAUUCCUAUUAUUGUCAAUACAGAAGCACUGGAUUCCGUCCCCUAUGUCAAUGGAACAGAAAUAGAAUAUGAAUUUGAAGAAAUCACAUUGGAACGAGGUAAUUCUGGCCUGGGAUUCAGUAUUGCAGGAGGCACAGAUAAUCCUCACAUUGGAGAUGACCCUGGGAUAUUUAUUACUAAAAUUAUACCCAGUGGAGCAGCAGCUAAAGAUGGACGGCUGAGAGUCAAUGACUGCAUUCUGCGGGUAAACGAAAUUGACGUCUCUGAGGUAUCUCACUGUAGAGCUGUAGAGGCAUUGAAAGAUGCUGGCUCAAUUGUACGACUAUAUGUGCGCAGAAGGCGGCCUGUUUUGGAAACUAUCACAGAAAUAAAACUUAUAAAAGGACCAAAAGGAUUAGGAUUUAGUAUUGCUGGUGGUGUGGGUAACCAGCAUAUACCCGGUGAUAACAGUAUAUAUGUCACAAAAAUAAUUGAUGGAGGAGCUGCGCAGAGAGAUGGAACAUUGCAAGUUGGUGACCGGCUUCUUAUGGUGAAUAAUUACAGUUUGGAAGAGAUAGCACAUGAAGAGGCUGUAACAAUACUGAAAAAUACUUCCGAUGUGGUCUACCUUAAAGUUGGAAAACCCACUACUGCUUACAUAAAUGAUCCUUAUGGACCUCCUGAUAUCACACACUGCUAUUCCCCUCCAAUAGAGAAUCACAUCUUUUCCUUGUCUGUGAAUAACAAUACAUUGGAUCACAAGACAUCACUGCCACAAAUCACAUCAGGAAGAUAUUCUCCUCUUCCAAACUAUAUGCUUGAAGAAGAAGAAGAAGAAGAAGAAGAAGAAGAAGAAGAAGAAGAGGAAGAAGAUGAAGAGGAGGAAGAGGAAGAAGUAGACAUCAGCAGGGAGCCCAGAAAAUUUGUGUUGCACAGAGGAUCCUGUGGAUUAGGCUUUAACAUCGUUGGGGGUGAAGAUGGUGAAGGGAUAUUUAUCUCGUUCAUCCUGACAGGUGGACCAGCAGACCUUAGUGGAGAGCUGCAAAGAGGUGACCAAAUUCUAUCAGUAAAUGGCAGAGAUCUUCGUGUUGCAACACAUGAACAGGCUGCAGCAGCUCUUAAAGGAGCCGGCCAGGUUGUGAAUAUGAUUGUUCAGUAUAAGCCUGAAGAGUACAGCCGGUUUGAGGCAAAAAUCCAUGACUUGCGGGAACAGAUGCUAAAUCACAGUAUGAGUUCAGGGUCUGGCUCCCUAAGAACCAACCAGAAACGCUCAUUAUAUGUAAGAGCUCUAUUUGACUAUGACAGAACCAAGGACAGUGGUCUUCCAAGUCAAGGUCUUAGCUUCAAAUAUGGAGAGAUUUUGCAUGUUAUCAACGCUUCUGAUGAUGAAUGGUGGCAAGCACGAAGAGUAACACCAGAAGGAGACAGUGAAGAGAUGGGUGUCAUACCAAGCAAAAAAAGAGUUGAUAGGAAAGAACGAUCUAGACUUAAAACCGUGAAAUUCAAUGCCAACCCUGGAGUGAUUGAUUCCAAAGCGUCAUUCAAUGACAAGCGUAAAAAGAACCUCAUCUUUUCACGAAAAUUCCCAUUCUACAAGAACAAGGACAACAGUGAGCAGGAUACCAGUGAUCCAGAACAACAUGUUACUUCAAAUGCCAGUGAUAGUGAAAGCAGCUACAGGGGACCAGAAGACUGCAUUCUUUCAUAUGAACCAGUCGUACAGCAAGAAAUUAAUUACAGUAGACCUGUCAUUAUUCUGGGUCCAAUGAAAGAUCGGGUUAAUGAUGAUCUGAUAUCAGAAUUCCCGGACAAAUUUGGCUCAUGUGUACCACACACUACAAGACCAAAACGUGAUUAUGAAAUGGAUGGAAGAGACUAUCACUUCGUUACUUGUAGAGAUCAGAUGGAAAAGGAUAUCCAGGAACACAAAUUUAUUGAAGCAGGACAAUACAAUGAUAAUCUAUAUGGAACUAGUGUCCAAUCUGUAAAAUAUGUGGCUGAAAGAGGCAAACAUUGCAUACUUGAUGUUUCAGGAAAUGCCAUAAAACGUUUACAAAUUGCUCAACUUUAUCCCAUUGCUAUUUUCAUCAAGCCCACGUCUGUCGAUUCAUUACUGGAAAUGAAUAAACGCCUGACAGAAGAGCAAGGCAAAAAGACAUUUGAAAGAGCUUUAAAAUUAGAACAGGAAUUUGGAGAACAUUUUACAGCAAUAGUACAAGGAGAAAAUUUGGAAGAAAUUUACGAACAAUGCAAACUAGCUAUUGAGGAAUAUUCGGGCCCAUUCAUCUGGGUUCCAUCCAAGGAGAAAUUGUGAAUCAGCCACAGAUGUGAAGCUGAUGAAAACACCUGUUCAGAUUUUGACAUUUUAUUUAAUUUUAAUUACAUUUUCAUCUCAAUCCGUGUGCAUAAUCAUGAAUGCAUUUUUUAGUUAGAAACUCAACAGGUUGUUUCUGCGAAGUUAGGAACUGCAUUAACAGGUGGAAGUGGUGUGAAUGGGGGGAAGAGCAUGCAAAAAGCAGGCAAGUUAAGGUUUGGCAAAAAAGCAUGGGACUCUAAGAAGUCAUGGAUGGUCCUACAGCAUUAGCAUAUCCAAGCCAUAAGUGUAUUAAAUUCUUGCAUAGGAGGAUUCACUCUUAUUGUAAUUAAAUAGGCAAAGCAGGGACUCUUGUACUUAGUUUUAUUCUCUGACAGCUUUACAACAUACAUGAGCCUCUGUGCACUUAUGAUUGCUAUGCUGCAGAUUUUGUAACUAUGCAGAUAGAAUUCAUCACGUCAUUUUAUAAAAACACAUUUUUGCCAAGAUGGAACCUAGUAAAGAUGAAUUUGCAUCUUUAAAAUCCAAAUUAAAAGUAUGUUCAGAUUUAACACAUUUUAGAAUGCAUCUCAUUUGGCGACUGGUUAAAGUCAAAGGAAGCUUCAAAAAUUACAAUAUACAUUUUAAUAUUUUUAUUCAAUAGUUACUGAAAUAAUUUAUAGUAAAGAAUAUAUAUUGCUGUAAAUUGAAUAUAUUUCAUGACAAAUCCAGCAUUGACUGGAGGUAUAAUUAUGUAGAAAUAUAGGAAGGAGAGCAAUUGAUGAUUAGUUUUAUGGAGUGGAGUCUAUAUGAAAAACAACUGAUUUGUGAAUAACAGUAAAUUCACUGCCAUCUCCAAGUGUUGCCAGUGAAAAUUCACUUAUUUUCUUUCCCUUACGUAUUAAGCAUGCAGCUUGGAAUUUUAUCCUCUAAUUAGUCAAUGUUAAGUUGUGUGCUCUGCAUUAUAAUAACUGUGGCUAAGUACAAUCAAAGAAAGGUCAGUGAGAUUUCCUACAUAGCCAUAGCUAUGUUUUAUUAUUUUUAGUUUAAUCCAAUUUAUUAUUUUGUACUUGGUUCAGUGCUUUAUGGCUGUUUAUACUUAGAAGCUGCUAUUGCAAUUUUUCAAAAUUUACCCCUUUUCUUUUUUGUUAAGCUAGAAUUUCAUUUUCUGUACUGAGUGAAUUGUACUGUACAGACUGAUGUAUUUAAAGUGCACUGUUUGAUUAUGCUUGUCUUGUACUGGUUUGAUCAUGGUUAAAUACAUUUUUAGCCUAUAGUACAAAUUUAAAAUACUCCAUUCCCAUUACAGGUGCAAUAAGCAGAGAAUUUUAAACUCUGAAUAUUCUUGUCUGUUUUACUAUCUCCCUUUAUUUGACCUUUAGUGUGCACUCAAGCAUUCUCAGGAUGGUUACUGGGAGAAUAUGGUGGGGGUGGUUUGGGGGCUAGGAAGGGUAAUUGGGUAUGGAAUAAACAAACUGACCCAUCAGUGAAGCCAUCAAUUCAAUUUGACCAGCUAUGUGCAGAAAAUUCAUUAAUUAUUUGCCCAUAACGUUAGAAUUCUCAGGAGUUAAGCUUACAGCAUUUGGUUGCUAUAGAUUUUGACUUUAAGCUCCCAUGGAGUACCAACUAUAUAUGUGAAGCCUAUUACCCUGAAAACCUCAAAGCUACAAAUUUACUCCCUCUGUAGUUUAUUUUUAUUUUUAGAUCUAAUAUAGUUUUCUCUCAUUGCUAAAAAUUUGCAAAAUAGCUUGUAUAUUUGACCUUCAUCUCUUAGACUAUAUGGAAUGACCAAGAUGCCAUUGUCCCCUUUUCUGAUCUUAAAUGAAUUUAUUUAAGGAGGGAAAAGUGUUCUUGGAGUAUGGGUUUGAUUGUAGUGGAUAUCUCCUAGAUCCUAUAUAUUUUUACAAAGAGUAAAAUUGUAUGCCUCUACAUUUUUUAAAGCCCAAAUGAAAGUACUCCAAAUAUUCCAUUGUGUCAAGAUCUGGAAACAUGAAAGGGUUUGAACCCUUUGGUCUUAUCAUAAUUAAAUACAGAAAAUAACCAGAGGAAUUUAAUGUUUUUGCACAUAUUGUAAUUUCAUGCUCAAAAAUAAUACAACCAGAAGUUUAAUGAGAGGGACAGUCUUUGUUUCAAAACUUGCAGAUAUCUUUCGGAAGCAACAUCUCUUUAUGUAGUUGGAUGAAACUGAAGACGAUAUUCCACUGCUGGAUCAUGCUUAUAGUUGCCUGUAUAGAGGAUAUUACAAUAUGGAUUAACUACCUACUGAUUGCACAUAUCAAUUCCAUCCAUUCCAUUUGUGUAAAGGAAUAAAAAAUUUAGUUGUAUAUUUAAUGAUAUAAAUAAGUAUUCAUGCUUGUUUAUAACUUUGAAAAUUAAAUUACCGUUUAUUGCACAAACACACAAUCUUGUACAAACUGCAAUUUAUCUUGUUCAAUGUUUUUUAAAUUGCAUAUUGGCUGCACUAUUUCACAAUGAACCUGCAAAAUCUUAGUUCAAUAAAGCCACUUCUCCGCACCCUGUUAAAUGCAUAUUUAGUUCUGAUGGCUGCAGUGUGGUACUACUUGCUGUCUGCCUGCCUUUCCUGUUUUAAGUGUUGUGUCAGAAGGGGAUUCACUUAAUAAUCUGAAGAUUCCCUGGAUGAAUUUUAUGGAGAAAAUUGUUUAAAUUUAUUUGUAAACUGUGUCACAAUAUAUAGGUUCUUUCUUUGAAUUUUAUUCCCACCAAUAACUGCUUUCUGAUGCACGUUUGUCAGAGAAUAAAAUUCAAAGCUCUUAAAUAAUUCAGAUUGAUACAAAGUAGCCUAAAGAUAACACUCACUGUUACUAAUGGAAUAGAAACAUUAGCAUUCCAGAAAUAAACUUAAAAUUCUUCCAGCCAAAUCAAAAACAAAGUAGAAAUAUAUUUAAUACAAGUGUAAUGCUAGUGGAUUUUAAACCAUUCAUUAAUAGCUCUCGUAGUUGUCCAUCAAAAAGGUUCAUGCUAAUUAAGUCAUUCAGAUUUAUUUCAAACAUUAUUAUUUUACCUUAUUUCAACAUGAAUAAUAUUGAAUCUUUCAGCAUGGCUUAAAUAAGAAUUGUCUUUGCAUAAUCCUCAAUAAUAAGGUGCAGUAUAUUCAAUGCAACAUUAUCUCAUGGUUUAGCCACUACCAAUGUUGAAACUAAAAUAGAUUUAAAAACUUGUCAUUCAUAUCCCUCAAAGAUUUGUGCAAUUUGUGUGAAAGCUUGAGUAUGAAUGACACAAUGUACUGUUUGUGGUACUGUAAAUA